CAAUAACAGCAAAUAAUAACAAAUUAUAAAAAAUAUUUUGGUCGCAAUUUCUAUUCUAAUAUUUUAGUGAAAACAAAUUUCUAUUUUCAACUAUAAAAAAGAGGUUUUUUUAAUAAUCAGUUAAAAAAUUUAAUUUACGGCAAAUAAAGAAAGUGCAAUGAGAUACAUUCGUUGUGUUGGACGAAAACUACAUGGCACAAACCUCGCUAAUAAUACGUUCAAGACCACAUAUCCAACAAACAUUUUGAGUAAACCCAGAAAUGAGGUUGCCGUAGUCGUUAUUGGCGCAGGACUUGCCGGCCUGUCGGCUGCGAAUCAUUUAAUUAAAAAUGGUUUCAAACAAACAAUAGUACUAGAGGCUACUGAUCGUUAUGGUGGACGUAUAAUUUCCAAGCAAUUCGGUGAUGCUUAUUGCGAAUUGGGCGCGAAAUUUGUGCCCAUAAACGCAAAAGAUGAUACGGUCUACAACAUACUGCAAAGCAUGAGAGGACUACCGAAAAAAGUAAUACCAAACAAAGACAAAUUGUAUGUAAAUGCAUUUGGAGAAAAAGUUGAUCGGAAACUACCCGAGUUAAUAGAUAGACUCUACAAGCGGCUUUGUUCACAUAUUCAGUUUGAUGAAAAGUACAGAACUGGUGCAAUGGAUGACCUGAAUAAUUUACACACAUAUUUUCAAGCUGAAAAAUCAAGAUUGCUAACAUCGGUUUUUAAUGGAGACGAACGGAAAACUGCAAAUGAAAUAUUCAACUCACUAAUCAAAGAGUUUGGCAGUCUUUUAGGUUGCUCGCUGGAAUAUGUUAAUAUUGAACAUAUAACAAAGUUGAAGAAUGGUGUAAAUUUUGGCAACUACAUUUACAUACCUACUGGCUUAGACAACAUAUUAAGUGUUUUAACAAAAAAUCUCUGCAAUACGCAGUUGAGGAUUGGCAAGCCGGUGGGUGAAAUCAAUUGGUAUAUACCGCCAGAAAUUGGUGGAAAACGUGUUGCUUGCUUAGAUGGUGAUGUAUUUCGCGCAGAUCACAUAAUUUGCACGGUGCCAUUGGGUGUACUUAAAAUCUUUUCUGAAAAUAUGUUCAGACCGUCAUUACCAAGCAACAAAAUAAAUUCCAUAAAAAAACUUGGGUUUGGAAGUCCAGUAAAAAUUUAUUUUGAAUACGAGGGAAAUAUAGACAGCUGGCUGAAGAGUAGUUUGCGGCCAUUAUGGCAAGCUGAAGGUACUAAUUCAGAUAUGACAUGGACGAAACAAGUUGUCGAGAUAUCAAAAUUACCAAAAAGCAAUAGAGUGGUUGAAGUAAUAAUUGGUGGUGAAUUUUACGAGAAAAUUGAGAAAUUACCAGAUAUGGAAGUGCUAACCGAAAUUACAAAUCUAUUGCGUACAUUGUUGAAAAAUCAAAAUAUUCCUUAUCCUACUACGAUCUUGCGUUCUAAUUGGAGUUCAUUAGCAUGCUAUUUGGGUGGUCGUCCAUAUUUUUCCACUGGUAGCACAAUAAAUGAUGUUUUAACACUGGCGGAGCCGGUAGGACCCAUGUCAAGUCUCCUCUUUGCUGGCGAUGCAACCAUAGUAGAAGGCUUUGGUACUGUAGAUGGUGCACACAAGAGUGGCAUUAGAGAGGCGCAACGUAUAAUCGAUCAUUACAACAAACAUGAAGCUGUUUAAAUUAAAGCCAAAGAAAUGAAAUGACAAAUGUGAUAUUUUUUUAAUUACGUUUUAAUAACAUGAACUUCGAUUUAAAGUUUAUAAAUAGCUUACUUAUUAGCAUAUAACACACAACAACAAUGCAAAUGCUGUUAAAAGCAUUAAGUAAAUAGUAUUUGGCUAUAAUAUCAACAACAAUAAUAUAUUUAAGCAUUUAUGUACUAAUGGAAUAUAUAUAGUAGAGAGAAUGUUAGCAGGCAUUCGUUGUCAUAGAACCAAUUGAAGUACAACUUCAGAUGUCAUUAGCAGCUUCACUAACUUCAUGCCAAGAAUACUCCAUAUCCUCUGGCUUGGUGAAUCUGGAGCAAACAGCCAUACGCAAAAAGUAUACAUCAUUUAUUUUACUCGGCACCAUAUGUAUGUUACCGCGUCCGUUAAUAAGUCUCAAAAGUUUCUCACUCUUUUCAUUAGCACCCUUUAAACGGAAACAAACCAAACCCAUAUUUACAUCACCAACGAUUUCAAAACGAUUAUCGGCUCUGCAGAGAUCAGCAAACUGUGUAGCGUAACCACAGUGACGUCUUAUGUGUGCUUGUAGAUUUUGCACGCCAUACAAACGUAGUACAAACCACAAUUUCAAAGCACGGAAACGACGACCUAAUGGAAUUUGCCAGUGUCGGUAGUCAGGGGCUGAACCCUGCAUAUCGUGCUUCAAAUACAAUGGAUCCACAUUGAAAGCAUUCACCACCCAACUGGGAUCUUUCAGCCACAUAGCGCUGCAGUCGAAAUUCACCAACAUCCAUUUAUGUGGAUUAAAAUUAAACGAGUCUGCUGUUUCCAUGCCUUUCAUUAGAUGACGAUAUUCGGGGCAAAUGAAAGCGGCACCCGCAUAAGCAGCAUCCACAUGUAUCCAAACACCGUACUUGUUGCCAACAGGGCCACAUUCAUCUAAGUAAUCGAAAGCACAGGAAUUAGUAGUGCCCAAAGUGACGACGGCCUACAAAUAGACAUAAAAAAUAUAUUAGAAAUUUAUUCGAAAUUAUUGGAGCGUAGAUAUUCUUAUAAAAAGUUGGCAUAGACAUAUAUGUAUGUAUGUACUUAAACUUGCUUAGAAAAAAUAUAAAGUAUAGACAAUUCUCAUAACAAACACAAUUAGCCGUU